UCAAUGGGUCGUGUGUUUCAUUAUAUAUAAGUUCUAGUGCUUUAAUUGUUUCUACAUGUCCUUGAGUGUCCACUGCAGGUUAAUCCAUAACUUUUCCUACUUCUGACCGAAGAUAGAUAAAAACUGACGUGUGUGUGUUUUUCUCCCUCUGUCCUCUGCUGCAGUCGUUUCCGCUCUUACUGUGGAGGUCCUGACCGGAAGCCCAGCGCUGGUUACCAAUGGCGCGCUUCUCCCGGAGGAAUGUGGAGCCCAGCGUCGACGUCCCCCCCCCCGAACCUCCCGGAGCCCCUUCGUCCAGAAGAACCAGAACUAACCUCCGCCCGGGGACGCUGGCCCGGGUCUCCAUGGUAACGUGGCCGACGCACAGCCACGACCAGGGGGCGGAACCAGAGAGCGGCAGCCGCUCAUCGAUCCCCUUCCCCCGGUAGAGGCGCAGGAACCAGCCGGAGAUGCCAUUUCACAACGGAAUCUACUACCCCUACACCAGUGACACCCAGGGGACCCACUCCUCAGCGGGGAUCCCAUCCCUCCUGAAUUCACCACUCAGCCAGCACUCCGUGAACGGCCACUCUGCACCGGCAGCGGGGAUGACUCCUUCCAGUGGCACCUCCACCUUCCUCCCCUUCAAAUUCCGCCCUCGCAGGGAGAUGGUGGACUGGCAGCGGAUCAACGCGGUAGACAUAAACCUGGUGAUGAGCCAGCUGGACGUGGACGUCCUCCAGGAUCACAUCAGCUCGGUGACGUUCUGCAGCCUGGACGGGGAGCGGUGCCAGCGGUGCCGGAGCCCCGUGGACCCGGCUCUGCUCAAGCUCCUGCAGCUGGCGCAGCUCACCGUGGAGUGGCUGCUCCACUGCCAGGAAUUCCUCAGCCUCAAUCUGCACGCGGCGGAGGAGAGGCUGGGGGCGGCGAGCAGGGAGCACAAGCAGCUGCUGGAGCAGCAGAGCAAGCAGGAGGAGAAGGUGAAGGCGCUGGACGCCGAGCUCAAGCUGAGGAAGAAGGACGUGCGCGACCUGCAGUCCCAGCUGCUCAUCAGUAGCCAGAAGUGUCAAAUUUGUCAUAAAGCCUUCCUCACUCCCAAAUUCCUCCAGAGUCACAUGCAACGUCGACAUCCUGAGGAGCAAGAGAGCCAGCUGCGGUCGGACAAUGAAAAGAAAUCCCAGAUCGAAAUUCUCAAGAUGGAGAUCAGCAGCCUGAGGGAGCAGAACGUUCAACUGCAGCAGAACCUGCAGCUCAAAGCAGCUCAGGAGAAGGAGCAGCAGUCCACGCAAAAAGACCUCCUGAGAGAGCUGGACCGUUUUAAGGCUGAGGAGAUGACUCGCAUGGAAAGAAAAAUAGAAGACACCAGGGAAAGCAUGCAUAGAGAGAUGGAAUCUAUGUACAACCGAAAUAUUCAGGCUGUCAAUGAACUGAAUCAGAAUCAGAUAUCCAAGCUCGAAACCUCAGCCGACUCUGCUCACCUGCAGACACAAAUCAUCCAGGAGCUGAAGAAGCAGUAUAAAAUGUGGGAAUCCAUGCUGAAAAAAAACAAGGAACAACACGAGUCUGAAAAGAAUCAGCUGCUGGACAAGCUGAGCAGAAUUCAAGUGUCCUUGUCCGAGCAGCACGAGCAAAGCCCACAGCUGCAGCAGGAGAUGGGACGGAGGCCGCAGGAGAAGCAGCAAACCAUCAAGGUUCAGCGGGAGCAGACAAGAAAUAUUUCCUCAAACACACCCACCAAAGUAGUGGAAGUACCAGUGGUGGUCAGCGCACCAGCACCAGAGCCCAAACCAAAGAGAGUUGUUGUUGACUCGAGCAGUGUCUCUGAGAGGAGGCCAGUGGAGAGGAGGCCAGCGGAGAGGAGGCCAGCGGAGAGGAAGCCUGAGCCAGCUCCACAGAAGAAACAGAGUCAGAGCGCGAAGGCCAACGCUCUGAAGAGGAACCCCAGCGUCAAGAAGGAGAUGCGACCCGAGCUCGAGCAGGCAGUCGCGAAGAAGCUGGAGAACCUGGGAGUCAAGCCUAAUCAAAGUGGUCUGAAGAACAGGGAGCUCACGUCCAUCCUGGCCAAGGUGCAUUCAAAGCGGGACAGCGUUGCGAAGGAGAUGCCUGAAUACUGGCGCUGUCGGGAGGAGAUCUCCGGCAGUGUGGAUGAGAAGAUGAGCGAUCAGACCAGAGAAUCUCCUCCAGAACCACAAGCGAGAUCCAGGCACUCAGUUCAAGUGUUGCAGAUCUUACCUCGAAGCAGUAGCCUUCCCUCUAGUGCCACCCAGGUGAUGUGUGGACCUGCGGUCAGACAGUCCAAGACCCCCCAGCCGGCGCCCAGGGCCAAGAGCACCGCCUAUCCCAAGACGUCUACGCCCAACAGCAAGGCUGCUCCGAGGACCUUCACACCCAAGACUCCUCCUUUCAGUUCAGAUGAGGAAUCUGAAGAGGAGGAUAUGGAGGAGGAACAGCCCCCGAAACACCAGAGGGGCAAAUCACCACUUCCCAGAAUAAUCCAGGCGACCCCAGUCCAAAUCAGAGCCGGCAAAACCAGCCCGGUCCAGGCCAGGCAGGCCGUUACCAGGCAGCCGUUCUCCUCCGGCACCCAGCUGCCUCGGGGGUCAGUGGGUGUGGUGACGAAGACGGCAGUGACAAAGAUAGAGAGCGAUGAUGAAGAUGAGGAGGAGGAGGAGGAGGAAGAGUGGUCUGAAGUCAGCGAGCUGCAGGAGAUCGACUCCAAACAGCUGCAGGGUUACAAAGACCAGAACGGCAAUGUGGAUAAGAGGAACUACAAGAAAGAAAACAAAAUCACCGUCCUGACCAGAAAAAUGGAGCAGAAGUUUGCAGAGAGAGCAGCAAAGAAACCAGCAGGGGGCGUCAGCCUUUUGACAGAGAGGAGGGACGAGGUGCAGGAGCUGACGUACACAGAUCUGGAGGAAAGCAGUGAUUGGGUGGUCUCCUCCUUAGAGGACAGACAGGAAGUGUCUAAACCUGCUCAGCGCUCUGGACCACUGAGGAAGAGUCUGGACUCACCCAGCACCAGCGUGUGGGGGACCUCCACAGGAAAGGCUCCCAAAUCAGGUCUGACUGAAGCCGGGACAGGAAGCACCCUGAAGAGCAGCCUGUGCUCCCUCAGCGACUUCAGUGACUCCGAGGACACGAGCAAUAAACACAGCAGACACUACAGCUGAUCAGGUGACGUAACGCCACGCCAAGCACAGACGCAAAAACUUCAGUCGCCUCCUCUGACGUCCACGGCCGAUGCCAAAGCAGCCAUAUUUUCUACUUCUGCUAAUAAAGACUUGAGCAAUACUUCACAAAAACAGGUUCAGAGUUUUCUAUCGUCUAGUAAAUAUAAGACUUUUCUUUUUUCAGUCCCUCUUUAUAUCUUGUGCCAAGUCUUACACCUCUUCAGUGUUUACCUGUUAAAUCAUUCUGUGAUCUCCCACACUCCACGUAUGUCAUUUGUGUAAAGAAAUUGUACAUCAGAUUUUAUAUUAUGUCUUUUUUUGUAUUGAAAAUAUUUAUACAAGCAAUAAAACUUACUAAACUACACUA